AUGAGAUUUGAUUUAGUAAUGUUUUAUGGUGUGAUUAGUACCAACAAGGGAGAUGUUACCCAGAAAUAUCGACUUAAGCCACAAGCGGAAUACUUCACAUGUAAUCAGUUUGAUAAUCAACAUAGAAAAAACAGGUCAUGGUUUGUUGGGGAAGGUAAUGACAAUAAACCGGCAAUGGACCGCGUGAAAAAUUUCUUGUUGGAUAACAAUGGCAAGUACCUUGAUAUAUGGAGUGGUAUUCCCGAUGCAAUAACGGGAAAAACAACCCAGGGACAAUCACGAACAUGGAAACACUAUUCGAAAAUCGUCCCAAGUACUUCGAAUUGGAGCCACAUCUUUCUGCUAGGUUUACGAACGACUCUUGGGCUUCUGACACUGGAACUAUUCAAGAUAAGCCCUUCAAUAAAGAAACGUUUUUUGGAAGUAUUCGUAAUAAGCAAUCGAUUGAUGACGUUGCAGAUGAAAAGUGAGGAGAAUAACAAAGAUAAGAAGAAAAAAAACAAGAAACAGAAAAAAACUAAAACUCCCAUGUAUGAUGAGAUUAUGGAAAGUUUUGAAAUUGAAACUGGAGCAAAUGUCAGUAAUGCUGGUAGAACAAUACAUGGCAAUGUGAAGGAUUUUGACGGCCUUCACAAGCAGUUAGACUACAAUUGUGACAAGGAAGAUGGUUUACAGGCACGUGAUGUAUGCAGAUCCAAAAAUCGAAUGGCAGGAAGAAUACGCUGUGGCGAUUGGGAAUUGCGAGUGGAGGUAGAAAUUUGUGUUGGCGAGAUUGUUCUUGGAGCUAUGUUCGUAUAUGUAUUUGAAAAGAGCAAAAGCAUUUUCAACAAUUUCCAUGGAGGUUGCGUUGGUAGCUUCGGUAGGUACGCGUUCGGUUUUGUAUUCAAUAUAUCAACCAUAGUAUGA